AUGGGAGAAGGAAAGGGUUCAACUUUGGUGCACCUUCUGGUAAUUGUUCUGAGCUUAGUGGCCUUUGGGUUCGCCAUUGCUGCCGAGAGGCAAAGAAGUGUGGGCCGAAUAGAGAAAGAUGAUCGAACAAAUGAAACUUACUGUGUGUAUAAUUCAGAUGUUGCGACUGGUUAUGGAGUAGGUGGUUUCUUGUUUCUUCUCUCAGGCGAAUCACUCCUCAUGGGUAUCACAAAGUGCAUGUGUUUUGGGAGACCCUUGGCCCCUGGUGGGAAUCGAGCUUGGUCUAUUAUAUAUUUUGUUUCAUCAUGGACAACUUUUCUGGUGGCGGAAGCUUGUCUAAUUGCUGGUGCUACAAAAAAUGCCUAUCACACUAAGUACCGGGGAAUGAUAUAUGCUCAGAACUUCUCCUGUGAAGCUUUACGAAAAGGUGUUUUCAUUUCUGGAGCGGUAUUUGUGGUUGUGACUAUGAUUCUCAACGUUUAUUACUACAUGUACUUCACCAAGGCAACUACAACUCAGGCAGCUCAUAAAGCAAAUCGUUCGAGCUCAACUGUUGGGAUGGCUGGGUAUGCAUAG